AGAAGCUCUGGUCAGACAGACAGACAGACAGUCAGGCAGACAGACAGACAGACACAAAGGUACGCGCUGUUUUGGCCUGAUUUCUAACCGCAGCCUUAAUUGUUUGCAGCCGUCGCGCGUUUCUGUUUCAAUAUUUAAUUUAUUUAUAUAGUUUAGUGAUUAUUAUCCAUCUGGAGCGCGCGCCUUUAUUCGUCUGGACGCCGUGUGCGCGCAACAGAUUUCUCUCCGGCGAGACAGAAGACGGUGUUGAUGUAGACGUCGUUUUCCUUUCUUUCUCUUUAUUGUAUAUAAAUUAUUUCUCUGCACGCGCUGCGCCCCUCUCCGUCUGCCGGUUUGGACUGUUCCGGGGUGUGUUUCUGCGUGAAAGUGUGUGUGAUGUUUUGGGAGCGAUAGAGGAUCACACAGACACAGACACACACGCGCGCGCGCAGGCUGGCAGACGCACACAGACGCGAGUUUAUUGCUUUAAAUAAAGAAAAAAAAAGAAAAAAGUGGAACAAAGAAGAGUUUUGGAUUAAAGGUGAUCGCGCCUUCAUGUGGAAUUUUACUACAAGAAGAGAAACAAUGCACAGCGCGUGCCUUGUGCUGUUCACUCUCUUGGUGUCUGGAUUUGGUCUUGUGGUGGGACGGACGCUAAGGUACCGUGUGUAUGAGGAGCAGGAGGCGGGAACCGUUAUCGGCUCAUUGAAGGAGGAUGCCCGUGAUGUGUUAUCUCACCUGCCCAACACUGUGCCCUUACGUUUCCGGUCUGUGCAGCGUGGCGGUGCGAGCGCCUUAGCGGUACGUGAGCGUGAUGGAGAGAUCAGUGUAAGAGGCCGACUGGAUCGUGAAAAGUUGUGUGACCGGAACCCAAACUGCUCAGUGGAGUUCGAUGUGCUGACCCUGCCCACUGAGCACCUGCAACUCUUCCAUGUGCAGGUGGAGAUACUGGAUGUGAAUGACCAUGCGCCACGUUUUCCACGUGCAGUCAUCCCUCUGGAGAUCUCAGAAACAGCCUCCGUAGGGACACGGGUCCCUCUGGACAGUGCUGCGGACCCGGAUGUCGGUGAGAAUGCUCUGAGCACAUACACCCUGAGUGCAUCUGACACCUUUGGAAUCGAUGUCCUUACUGGAACAAAUGGUGCCAAGUACGCUGAGCUAGUGGUGCUGAAGGAACUUGAUCGAGAGACACGUUCCAGCUACGAGCUACGACUUACAGCAUCAGAUGGUGGCUCACCUCCCAGAACUGGAACCACACUUCUGAAGAUCAAAGUCGCCGAUUCGAACGACAACAAUCCUAUCUUUGCAGAGCCGUCAUAUACCAUUGACCUCCCAGAGGACGCGGCACCAGGUGUGUUGCUGGUGGAUCUGAAUGCCACAGAUGCAGAUGAAGGCACAAAUGGCAAGAUCGUCUACUCCUUCAGCAGCCAUGUCUCUCCAAAAGUAGUAGAAACGUUCCGUAUCGACCCAGACACAGGUCACCUGAGUCUGCUCAGGAAGGUGGACUUUGAGACAGACGAUUCGUAUGACGUAGACGUCCAGGCGCAAGACUCAGGGCCAAACUCAAUGCCAGCACACUGCAAGAUCACAAUCAAGGUAAAGGACGUCAAUGACAACAAUCCAGAAGUCAGUGUGAGCUUGAUGGGAAAUGAUGAGGAAGCAGCGCUGGUCUCGGAGUUAGCGCCCAUAGACACGUUUGUAGCACUUGUGCGAGUGGAUGAUGCAGACUCGGGUUUAAAUGGCGAAGUUGUGUGCCGGCUUGCUCGCGAAGGACACUUCCGGCUUCAGAAGACACAUGAGAAGAACUAUGUAAUUCUCACGAAUGCCACACUAGACAGAGAGACUAGCUCGGAGUACAGUCUUACGAUAAUUGCUGAGGACAGGGGGACUCCGAGCCUGUCCACUGUGAGACACUUCACAGUGCGUGUACAGGAUGAGAACGAUAACGCACCCCACUUUGACAAGAACCGCUAUGACAUCUUUAAAGAUGAGAACAACUCUCCUGGUGCUUACCUCGCCACAGUGCAUGCUACCGACCCGGACCUAGCCACUAAUGGCCAUGUAAGCUACUCUGUUUUAGAGGGCAUGGUGCACGGAAGCUCCAUUUCUACUUAUGUCACCGUAGAUCCAUCAAGCGGUGCCAUUUAUGCCUUACGCACUUUUGACUAUGAGGAAAUUAGCCAUAUUAGCUUCAUGAUUCAAGCACGUGACUAUGGCAAUCCAUCGCUAAGCAGUAAUGUGACUGUUGUCUUAAAUGUUCUAGAUGUGAAUGACAAUCGGCCAGUUAUAGUAUCGCCUCCACUUCGGAAUCACACCACUGAGUUCACAAUUUCCAAGUAUUCAGACUACGGUGAUCUCAUAACCACAAUCACGGCAACAGAUCGUGACUCAGGUGUUAAUGGCGACCUCUCGUGCACCAUCACUGCUGGAAACGAGGCUGGGUACUUCUACAUGGACAGCCGUACAUGUGAAAUCCGUGCUAACGUGAGCUUGCGUGACCUAAAGACUGAUCACGUGGAGCUUAUGAUCAUGGUCCAGGAUCACGGCAGUGAACCACUAGAGACCAGGGCUCUGCUCCACCUGUCCCUGCUGGAGAAUCCAGAGAACCUUGCUGACCCACUUGCCACAGGGGGCUUGGGUAAAGAAAAUGUUCUCGAUGCCUCCACAAUUAUCAUCAUCUCACUGGGUGCCAUCUGUGGUCUGCUGAUUAUCAUCAUGGUGGCGCUAGCUUUGCGCUGUUCACGUGACAAAAAUGACACACGUUCAUACAACUGCCGCGUCGCAGAAUCGACGUAUCAGCAGCGGCCCAGAAAACCUUCACGCCAAAUUCACAAAGGUGACAUCACACUCGUACCAACUGUUAACGGCGCACUUCCUGUUCAUCAUCACUCACCCACCACCACAGGGCCGAUCCAUCACAGCCACCAAUCACUGAACAGCAUCGUCACUGUGACAUCCAAUCAGAUCCCAGAAAGCUUUGUCCUGGAGCUGACGCAUGCCACGCCCCCUGUGGAGCAAGUUUCACAGCUGCUCUCCCUACUCCAUCAGGGUCAGUAUCAGCCUCGGCCCAGCUUCAGAGGAAACAAACACUCUCGCAACUACAGAUACACACUCCCAGACUUGGAUAAGUUCAGUCUGAAGGACAGUGGGCGGGGCGACAGCGACAGUGAUGGUGAGCUAGGUCGUGAUUCGCCAAUCGACCGGUUGCUAGGUGACGGAUUCAGCGAGCUCUUCCACAUCGACACACACAGCAGAGUCCACUCAGCGAUGAAGCUGUGUACGGAGGAGUGUCGGGUUCUCGGUCACUCAGAUCAGUGCUGGAUGCCGUCAUUUUCUGCUGAAGAAGAGCGCCGCAGUUUCUCCACCUUUGGGAAAGAUGCUGAUGAGGAAGAGGAGAUGGAUGACGGAGGGGAAAAGUCUCUGCUUUCUGACAUCAAUUCCGUCUUCCAUCGAAUUGUCCCUCCUUCUCACACCGAUCCUGGCGACCUCACCGAAGGUUCUACCCCCUGCGGUGUCACCAAUGAAAACAGGAAGUGCUUCCUGCCAGGAAACUCACACUUUCAGAAUUCGGCUAAUCACGUAUCAAAUUCAAAAUGGCUGCCAGCGAUGGAGGAGAUCCCAGAAAACUAUGAGGAGGACGAGAUGGAGAGCACGCUAGGAUUCCGUAAACGAACCGAGGACGAAUUUGCCGCUGAAAUUAACAAACUGUUGCUGGAUGUCCACCAGAGCUAAUGCUAAUAUCAAACCAAAUGCAGAACCGGACUGAAAACACCAUCUCUGUCUCUCUCUCUGUCUCUCUUUGUCUGUCUCUCUCUCUGUCUCUGUCUCUCUCUCUCUCUCUGUCUCUCUCUCUCUGUCUGUCUCUCUUUGUCUGUCUCUCUCUCUUUGUCUGUCUCUCUCUCUGUCUCUGUCUCUCUCUCCCUCUGUCUCUCUCUGUCUGUCUCUCUUUGUCUCUGUCUCUCUCUCUCUCUCUGUCUCUCUGUCUGUCUCUCUCUGUCUCUCUCUCUGUCUCUCUCUGUCUCUCUCUCUGUCUCUGUCUCUCUCUCUCUCUCUCUCUCGCUCUCUCUCUGUCUCUCUCUCUCUCUCUCUCUCUCUCUCUCUCUCUCUCUCUCUUUCAAACUCUAUAACUCUUCCUGUACUCCUGUCUGGUUUAUUAUCACUGACCCUCGUUCACUUCCCCUCGUUCAGUUUUCCUAGAUCACAUUUGAUACACAUCAUCUUAAGGGCUGUAUAGCUGUUAGCUGGAGUGAAGUGCACUAGAUAAAAAGUCCACAUCGCAGUACACUUCAGGGUCAUGCGUAUUUAUUUACACAGAAUGCACUACUGACCAAGCUGUUAAACACAAGCAAUAAAUGACUGAUAAUGUUAACGUUAUUAAACUCCAUGCUAGUCAAUGCAACUCAGUGUGCUAGCUAGCUAGAUGUUAGCUGAUUAGCUCACUUAUUAAUGGACCCUAAUGUGUCCCUGCUGAUGAUGUGCACUUGGGGGAGUGGUCAGGGGCUCGGUAGUAACGGAUUGGAGUGCAGCCGGCUAUCAGAGUGAAAUAAUCAUAGACAGACAGACAGACAGACAGAGACUGAAUGCUGAAGCCUGUCCCACUCCUUGAUCAUGUGACUGUGUUUUAGUGAAUAAUGUGAUUUGGAACAAAGUGCAACUUCUCUUGUCUUUUUUAUUUUUAGUCUCUUUUUAAUUGUAUUAAUUUUUUAUUACACCGUGAACACAAUGUGACUGUAAAUUGCCUUUAUAAUCUGACACUGUUGUUUUUUCUAUAUUUAUAAGUGUGUGUGUGUGUGUGUGUGUGUGUGUGUGUGUGUGUGUGUGUGUUUGUACAGAAAAAUCUAUUUUUUUACUUCAAUGCAUGUAAAACUGAAAAGAAAUGCAAUUUUUGUUUAUGUACAAAUUAAUAAAAAAAU